CAAAUACUGCUGGUAAUACUAACUUGAAGCGACAAAGCUGGGUAGCUUCAUAGCGCUCACAUUCCCCGGCGAAAUUGCAAAAUCAAUCAACAGAAACGGCGAAUAGAAAUGAGUAGGAGCAACAUAAGUUCAGUGUUCUACGCCGAUGCAUAUCAUCCGAUUCAAGCAGGAAGCAUCGACGGCACCGAUAUUGCCCCCCACGACAACGGCGUAUUCCGUGCUUUGCUUUGCUCUUCCGCUGGCCUCUAUGAUCCCUUCGGCGACCCCAAGGUCAUUGGCGACCCUUAUUGCACAGUUUUCGUUGGUCGCCUCUCGCAUUCCACCACUGAACAGACUCUUCGCAAGGCUAUGAGCAAGUAUGGUCGAGUGAAGAACUUGCGCUUGGUCAGGGAUAUUGUAACUGGUGCCUCUCGUGGCUAUGCUUUUGUUGAAUAUGAAACUGAAAGAGAGAUGCGUCGUGCGUACAAGGAUGCUCAUCAUACCUUUAUUGAUGACUCUGAAAUAAUAGUUGAUUAUAACAGGCAGCAGUUGAUGCCUGGCUGGAUCCCAAGAAGAUUAGGAGGUGGCCUUGGUGGUAGGAAGGAGUCUGGACAGCUUCGGUUUGGUGGGCGAGAACGACCAUUUCGAGCACCUCUGCAAUCAAUUCCUUGGGAUGAUUUGAAGAGGCUUGGGAUUCCUCCUCCACCAGAAGGAAGAUAUAUGUCCCGUUUUGAGGUCCCAUCACCCCCUAGAAGAGAUCGGAGCUCCAUAGACAGGGAAGAAAGCUCUCGCAGGAGUAGCUCUCUGGAGAGAGAACACAGCAACAGGAGGAGUUCUAGGGGCAAAGAAGAUCGCUUUGGCAAAAGGCGCUCCAAGGAGAGGGAAGAUCAUUACCGUAAAGAGAGCAGUGUGGGUAGGUCAGGGCACUCCCAUAGAAAGGUGUCAGUGGAAAGGGAGGAUCACCAUUAUGAAAGAAUCUCAGAAGACGGGGAAAAACACAGUAAGAAAAGAAGCCAUGCUUACAGGGAAGAAACCUCUCACGAAACAAAUGCGGAAGAGUACUCCCAUAGAAGUUCUGGGGAUUGGAAAGAAGGCUCUUAUAAGCGCCACAAGCAUGAUAGUGGUUCUGAUAGACACAAAAGGAGGUCCACUAAUCGGGAUCACACUUCUGAUUACUAGUUUUCACCGCUGGGUUGGCUGCAUAUGUAUAUAGCACUUCUUUUUGAAAUCUGUGGUGUAUGCUCUCCACUGGUUGAGCUGUAAUGAAAGCUAUAUUAUCUUUUUGUUAGUCA